AAUUGAAGCAAGCCACGCUUCCGUGUGAAUCCCAGUCUAACCCUAAUUGCCCGAGACUACGCGUAACCGGAAAUCACCAAUCAUUUUUGUCGCCGGAAAACUUCACCUUUCUAUUAACAUUUGAGCUAUUGCUUCCACUGCUGUAUUAUUAUACCUAAUAAAAGAUAAGACCUAAUCUGUCUCUGAAUCCCUGAUACUCUCGCACAGCCGCAGAACCCUAAAUCGCAGUAGAGUAGGCAUUAUGAGCAGGGUUCUCUAGGUUUAGUGAACAACAACACUGAACAUCAUCAUUCAUCAGCGACGCCCCAAUCUCCACGUUCUCCGCUCCGCCACAAACCCCCCACCGGUACCGAUUUGUUAUCAAGAAUCGUGCUUGCAAGAAUCGUGAAGUGAAAUUGAAGAAUAGUGAUUUGUUCUCAGGAAAAACGGUUAUAUUGUUUUCAAGAAUCGUGCUUGCAAGAAGAGUAAAAAUGCUCAUAUUCUUGCUGUCACUGGCGAGGGCGGGAUUUGGCAAUCAGUCUUGGCACCAGUGAUACUGCGAUGCAUAAUAGCCUGAAGCUGCAAUGUUGACACAGUAGCUUUCAACAAGUCAAGAUUACAAAUUAUGGUAAGGCUAAGAUACCUGAAGCAAACUUCCAUCAGGGCUCUUUUAUCUCCUCUCAGUAGCAAUGAUGCCCUCUUCAGCUAUUCAACGAUAGCAGCAACCAAUGGCGUUCUUUUAAAUCCAAUAUAUUCAUCAUCCUAUUCAUUACCCGUCAAGAAAUUACACGCACAGGAUGUGGUCGUAACAUUCCAAGAAUGGUUCAAGUCUAGAGGCAAUCCUUUUCUCGACCGUAUACUUGAAAUAUUAUCAUCUCAAACCAACGUCACUGAAACUGAAGAUUUUGUUUCACAGCGUGAGGCAGCUGACGUAGCAUUAUCACGGCUUAAUCUUCGUCUUACGGAAUCACUCGUUCUUGAUGUGUUAUAUUACGGGAAAGAUGUUUUGUCUUGCUUAAAGUUCUUCGAUUGGGCGGGUCGCCAACCUGGGUUUCACCACACCCGCGCUACGUUUAACGCCAUUUUCAAGAUUCUUUCGAAAGCGAAGUUAAUGUCGUUGAUGUUGGAUUAUUUGGAUAACUAUGCUAAGCAUCGCGGCACUCAUAAGACGAGCUAUCAUAACAUUUUGGUGAUGGGUUAUGCUGUGGCGGGAAAACCCGAGAUAGCGCUCCAUCUGUUUGGCCGAAUGCGUUACCAGGGUGUUGAUUUAGAUGAUUUUGCGUAUCACGUGCUUUUAAACGGGUUGGUAGAGGAGAAUUGUUUCGAUGGAGUUGAGUCGAUUGCGAAACAGAUUAAGAUGCGUGGGUUUGAAUCAGACGUGACUCAUACGAUAUUGGUUAAGGGUUUUUGCAAGAAAAAGGAGUUUGAUAAAGCAGAAGUGUAUCUUCGUGGGGUGAUAGACAGUGGGGCCAAGUUAAAAACCGGUGGCCGCAUAGUUGGUGCUCUUGUUGACGGUUUAUGUAAAAACGAUCAGUUUGAUAAAGCUGGGAAACUGGUGGAUGAGUUUGGGGAAUUUCACGUCUACGAUAUAUGGAUUCGAGAGCUUGUGCGGGCCCGAAAGUUAGAUGGAGCUAUGGAAUUCUUGCAGAAGACAAACAACCCGGAAUUUGCUGUUCGCUACGUCCCGGAUGUUUUCCGUUACAACACAUUGAUAUUACGGCUUUUGAGAGAAAACCGUCUUGAGGAAGUGUGUGAUCUAAUAAUCGAGAUGCGGGAAAACAAUGUACCCCCAGAUGAGCUAACCAUGAAUAUCGUUUUGUGCUUUUUUUGCAAGGCGGGAUUGGUUGACGUUGCACUUAGACUAUAUGAUUCACGAGGGGAUAUCGGGUUAUCGUUAAGUAGUAUGACUCUUAAUUAUUUAAUGAACACUCUUUGCGGUGACGGAAGUGUUGUCGAUGCGUACCGCGUCUUAAAGAAUUCGCUCGAGCAAGGGUAUUUUCCGGGAAAAAUGACGUUUUCGAUCCUCGCUGAUGCUUUAUGCAAGCUGGAAAAGUUAGACAUGAUGAAUGAGUUGUUUCUUGUAGCGUUAGAGAACAAUAUUGUUUUAAGCGAUAGAGUUCAUGAAAAUUACAUUAACGCCCUUUGUAGGACCGGUAGGGUGGAGGAUGGGUUUUUUAUACACGGGGAGCUUAAUCGGCUUAAUAAAGUUACAUCCGGAUAUGCUUAUAGUAGCUUGAUAAACGGGUUUAUUAAGUCGAAUCGGGGAGAUAUUGCCACGAAACUACUAAUUGAAAUGCAAGAAAAAGGUCACACACCGUCCCGUAGGUUAUUCACAUUGGUUAUAAAAAGCGUAUGUGAGAUGGAGAAUCCCGAGAAACAAUUCCAAAAGUUGUUGGAAAUGCAGUUAUCUCUUCGCGAACUCGAUUGUGACGUUUUUAAUAUUUUCAUUGAAGGAGUCGGUCGUGCUAAGAAACCCGACCUCGCAAGACAAAUUUACGAGAUGAUGAAACGAAGCGGGAUUAAACCGAAUAUGAGGUCAGACCUUUUAUUGUUGAGAAGUUGUCUAGCAGGUGAUAAAGUAUCCGAGGCGCUAAAUUUGUAUUAUGAUAUCAUAAAGACAAGGAAACUAAGCAGGAAAAUAUUCAACGCGAUGGUUGUCGGUCUUUGCAAGUCAAACAAGCCCGGACUUGCGUUGGGAGUGUUUUCAGAAGUUAGAGAGAUGGAGAAGAAAAGUGUAAGACCGAGUCUCGAGUGUUACGAAGAACUUAUUUACGCUUUAUGCAAACAUAAAAAGUAUGAAAAAAUCGUGCCUCUAGUCAACGAUAUGCUUGGUGUGGGCCGACCCCUUUCAUCAUUCAUUGGUAACAAUUUGCUUUUAUGUUCAAUAAAGGAUCCAGAGUUAUAUGAGACAUGGGUUGACUCGAGCCCCCCGUUUGACUCACCUGAGUCGGCUGAGUCAUCUCCGAUUUGGAGACUUGGGGAGCUUAUUGGUUUGUUUUCCGAGCGUUUUAGAGAAGACUUGGAUCCCGAUGACUUGGAACAAGUAGUGAGAAACUGUUUUUCACUUGAUGUAUACUCUUAUAAUAUGAUCUUAAGGAAACUAUGUAUUAAACAAGUGGAUGACGCUUCUAAGUUGUUUCAAAAGAUAUGGCAAAAGGGGUAUGAACCGAAUCAGUGGACGUAUGAAACUAUGGUGCAUGGAUUUUAUAGAAAUGGUCGGAAAACCGAUUCUGAAAUUUGGGUCGAGGAGAUGUUACGUAGAGGGUAUCAACCAAGCGAGUCUACAAAGUUGUUGCUUUAAAGACGAGCAUAAUUGCAGAAACGGAUAAAAGUUACUUGGGGACCAAAAAUUGUUAUCUAUAUGCACGCGCUUUUCAAAGACAAACGGGUACCUGAAACCUGAGUAACACCAAUGCGAGAAGAGAAUUCGAUUAGGAAUUUAAUAGUUUGACAAAAGGUCAACUGGCGUCAUUGAUACAUGAGCAUGUAAACCUUAAAUUACACCAUAUUUUUGUGUUUUCAAAGAUCUAAAUUCUUCAUAUCGGAACAUGGGUUGACUAUAAUGAAAAGUCAACUGUGAUUUUUUUGGUUCAGUCUACUUACAUUAUGUUUUACUGACGCCUGUGUAAUCAUUUCCAGAGGAUAUUUGUUUUAAGAUUGCUUAAUAAAAUUGUAUCUACCUA